ACACAUUUUGUGGAAGGAAAAUCACAACAGAAACAUAGUUGGAGAAAUAAAGCGUAGACUUUUGUGUUGUUUCCUUUUUCAGAUCCACCAAAUCCAAAGCAAGAAACACGCACAAACAUGUAAUAUGACAGACACAACACAACACUUUUCAUAAUCAUCACUUUUUUACACAAAUUUAGACUAUUAUUAUUACAAACUUGUUCUGUUUUUUCUCUCUAUUUUUAGACCAACAAACACAGGGUACCUUUUCUUUUCUUUUCUAUUCUCUGGUCAAAAAAGUCAACCCAACUUGAAUGUUCAACGCUGGAAAUGGACCGACCACCGUGGAAUGAAGAAGAACAGGCAGUUGACGGUGGUGAAGGGGGACUACCUCCAAGACACAGUUUGACUUUGCCACCACAUAUGGAUAACCUUUUUAGCGGUGGUUUUAGCCCUGGUCCUAUGACUCUGCUUUCUAAUUUAUUGACUGAAGGUGAAGAUGGUAAGUCUUUCUCCCAGCUUCUCGCCGGUGCCAUGGCGUCUCCGGCAACAGGAACAGCUGCUUUGCUUGAUUCACCUGGAUUUUUUUCACAUCCUCAGGUGUCUUUUGGAAUGUCACACCAGCAGCAGGCACUGGCACAGGUCUCGGCUCAAGAACAAUCCAUCACAAAUAUGAAUAACCAAGCUGGACAUUCAAUGUCUGUAUCAGCAUCCAUCGAUCACGCUCCUCUCUCCGAACAAAGGCAACAGUCUUCUUCAUCGAAUGUUGAUAAGCCGGCUGAUGAUGGUUACAAUUGGAGGAAGUAUGGACAGAAACACGUGAAAGGUAGCGAGUUUCCUCGAAGUUAUUAUAAGUGCACACAUCCUAGCUGUCCUGUCAAGAAAAAAGUUGAGCGCUCACUUGCUGGUCAUGUUACUGCGAUUAUUUAUAAAGGAGAGCACAAUCAUCAGCGUCCGAGUAACAAGCGAUCAAAAGAUACUAUAACUUCAAAUGACAGUUCAAAUAUGCAAGGGAAUGCUGAUUCGUCUUAUCAAGGGAUGAUGGAUCCGGAAUCUAGUCAGGCAACAGGUGAACAUAUAUCCGGAACAAGCGACAGUGAGGAAAUUGGUGAUCAUGGAGCUGAAGUGGAUGAGAAAAGAGUUGAGCCUGACCCCAAAAGGAGAAAUACAGAAAUUGUGGUCUCUGAUCCUACAGCUUCUUCACAUAGGACUGUAGCAGAGUCUAGAAUCAUCGUGCAAACAACUAGUGAAGUGGAUCUUUUAGAUGAUGGUUAUCGAUGGAGAAAAUAUGGACAAAAAGUUGUCAAAGGCAACCCUUAUCCUAGGAGCUAUUACAAAUGUACAACACAGGGUUGUAACGUUCGAAAGCACGUAGAGAGGGCUUCGACGGAUCCUAAAGCAGUUAUAACAACAUACGAAGGGAAACAUAAUCAUGAUGUACCUGCAGCUAAGACUAAUAGCCACACUAUUGCCAACAACAAUGCUUCACAGUUAAGAUCACAAAAUAACAUCUCCGAGAAACCUAAUUUUGGCAGCAUUGGUAUUGGCGGCAGUAAUGAGCAACAACCAGUUGCUCGUCUAAUGCUGAAAGAAGAGCGGAUAACUUAAGCUCCUAGAUUAAGGCUCGAAGAACUGGUAAUCUGAUAAUUUAUAUCACACGCGAUCUUUACUUUGAUGUUUUAUUGGAUUCCUUACGAGUCUUGGCCCAAAUUUUUGAUCAAGUCCCGGUGAGGUGACGCCGUACCAUUUGGGCCUCCUAUGUAUACUGAAAGUAUAAGUUAUGUUAUUUUCUUUUUACAUAAAGUAUAAGUUAUAUUGUGUAACAUAGUUGUUCAUAAUUUCACUAUGUAAUUCCUUGCUCAAUGAUUAUUUUUAAUAAUGUGACAAAACUUUGGAUCAUA